AUGAUUUUGCAGCAAUUUUUGUUCGUUACCACGAGUCUGUUCUGCUUCUUCAUUUGUACGUAUGCGCAACGACUCACAGUUGAUGUUGGCUACGGUGUUUAUACCGGGGUGACCAACAGUACAACUGGAUUGAACAUCUGGAAAGGAAUUCGCUAUGCGGCCCCACCAACAGGAGCACUUCGAUGGCAAGCACCACAAGCUCCUACCACAAACCGAACCAUCGUCAUUGCCUCUACAUUUGGACCGGCAUGUCCACAAUCAUUCUCACAAUUUCAAGGAGCUCCAUUCUGGAUUGGGAAUGAAGAUUGUCUCUUCCUGAAUGUUUACGCCCCUUCGAAUGGAAGUAAAUUGCCUGUGCUGGCAUCCAUUCACGGUGGUGGCUAUGGACAAGGAGAUGCCUCACAGGAUAUGUCUUCGUUUAUCAAUACAAAUGAUAAUGGCCUAGUAGCAGUGACGAUUCAAUAUCGACUCGGUGCAUUUGGUUUCCUAUCCUCAGCUGAGAUCAAAGCUCGAGGGGUCUUGAAUGCUGGUUUGUUGGACCAGAAUUUUGCUUUCCAAUGGAUACAAAAGAACAUCGCUCAGUUCGGAGGCGACCAAAAUCGAGUCACCAUUGCUGGCGAAUCAGCUGGUGGCGCUUCUGCCAUGCUCCAUGCGAUUGCCCAAGAUGGUUCUCUAGGAACAAACUUGUUCAAGAAUAUAAUAUCAGCUUCUCCUUUUCUUCCAUCGCAGCCAAAUUUCAGUGAUCCUAUACCAACACAGCAUUAUUAUGACUUUUCUAAAUCUGCUGGUUGUCCUUCAUCAGGAACUGUGUUUGAUUGUCUAAUUACCAAGGAUUCUUUGACCCUACAAUAUGCCAGCAAUUUGGUAUCGACAAAUCUACCUACACCACAUGGAAACUGGGCUUUCAUUCCAGUUACAGAUGGAACUUAUGUCACUGGAUUACCAAGCGUGCAGCUAAACCAACGACGAGUGAAUGGUCUGAGAGCACUUGUUGGGAACAAUGCAAAUGAGGGAUCCCUGGUAGUUCCAGCCACAAUCAUUACAGAAAAUGAUCUGAUCACCUGGAUCAAGAGCAAUUUUGCCAACUUGUCAACCACCAACAUUACAGCCCUCCUCGCCGCAUAUCCAAGCACUUCAGGUCCUGUCAAUUCGGCUGAUCCAAAAUACGAGACUAAUGGCUAUGGUCCAGGGACAGCCGUCAACAUUAGCCAAGUUGGCACCGGACAACAGCAACGAGCAUAUGAUAUGUACGCCGAAGCAGCAGCAGUAUGCCCAAGUUACUGGCUAUCGACUGCGUUCACUAGUUCAAACAAAACUGCGUACCACUACCAGUAUUCCGUUCCUUUCGCCGUUCACGGUUCAGACGUUUCCGCAUAUUACGGUCCGCCUACUGAUAAUCAAGGUCCGGAAUUCGUGACUGCUUUCCAAAAAAUCUACGGCAACUUCAUCACAAAAGACGAUCCAUCAAUCCCCAAUGAAAUCGCAAACGGUCCAUCUUCAGCAGAUCCAAGCGCAAUCAAUGCAGCAAGCAAAUGGCCAAAAUGGACAGACCAAAACCCUCAGCAACUCAACCUUAAUGAAACAGGAGGUACUGCUUAUACCGUCGUCACAGCGCAAGGCAUUCCAGUCACCCAAUUCAAGGAGCCUGGCUUGAGGAAUAGCAUUACAGUCGCUGAUGCGUCGACGUGGGAGGGAGGGCGAGGAGAAAGGUGUGAAUUUUGGAGACGAUUGAGUCCGUUUGUGCCUCAAUGA